AUGGCUAUCUACCCAAACCCGGAUAUGGUGCUGCAUGCGAUGAUCAUUCUACAUACCCUGGCUAUGUCAUGGCAGAGGGUAGAGGCAGAGGACAAUCAUCUCACGAGACAUUCGACGUUGGUGUGGGGAAGGGUAGAGGCAGAGGGCGUUCAGAGCGAUGACGCGUACCGUAGGAAGAUACCCCAGACAUCCAUCUACGCAACUACAUGGACUCGGAGGCGGCCUUGUUCGCACAUGAGCUUCUAG